GGGCUGCCAUGGAGACGGGCCUACGAGGGCCUGCAGGGGACACGCUGUUUUGCCACCCCCGCAGCCCCACAGGCCCCGGCGCCCCGCGACCCCACUGCAGGGGCGGGCGACGCGAGGAGCGGCCCGGGAUACCCUCCUCGGGACCCUUGGGAAGGCUGGGCGCUGGGGUCGCCACGUCCGUUUUGCAGAUGAGAAAACCGAGACUGGGAGGAAGGAGGCUGGCCCAAGGUCACGGGAAGGAUCGAAUCAUAUUUGUGACCAAAGAAGACCAUGAAACCCCAAGCAAUGCAGAGCUGGUGGCUGAUGACCCCAACGACCCAUAUGAGGAGCACGGAUUGAUCCUGCCAAAUGGAGACAUUAACUGGAACUGUCCGUGCCUUGGGGGAAUGGCCAGUGGCCCCUGUGGGGAACAGUUCAAGUCGGCCUUUUCCUGCUUCCACUAUAGCACAGAGGAUGUCAAGGGGUCAGACUGUGUAGACCAGUUCCGGGCCAUGCAGGAAUGCAUGCAGAAAUACCCCGACCUCUAUCCUCAGGAGGACGAGGAGGAGGAGGAGGAGGAGAAGAAGCCAGCAGAACGUUUAGAAGAGACAGCUCCCACUGAGGCCACUGCAACCAAAGAAGAAGAGGGGUCAAGCUAAUGAAGGCCAUAAGGCACUGGGCUCCAGUCCUUCUCCUUCAGAGUGAUAUGAACCUUUUGUAAGAUGCCUUUUGGUCAUUCUCUGAGAACGUGUCUUUCCCUCUGUUGUUCUGUGCACUAUAAUGUACAAAAUAACUUAUUUUGAUGAUCAGGGGUCUUGGUCCUUUGACAUAUACACUGGAAAAAAUGUAUGUCUCCCAUAACCUAUCGGCAAAUGUAGCUGUCACUUUCGAAUUCUCAGAUUAUCCUGAAUUUUGCCUCUUUGAAAUAAUGUGCUGACUAUGCUCAGCAACUAGAAAUCAUUAUCUGGGAGUAUCUUGUGAGUGAGCUGAUUUAUUCUGAUUGAUUAUAUGCCCUUGUAGAUUUUAUACCCCUGUGGGAAAUGAAAUAGAAACAAAACCAUCUUCCUUUAAAAAUGCUGGAGUGGGGCCAUUCCCAGUACAAGGCCAGAUGAUCAGAUACGUAUUUCUCAUGGACCGUCUUGACCUUGAGUAUGUGAGGAGGUACUAUAGUUCAUUUCUGAUGCAUUUUGGUUUCCAUUUUCACUUUGAGCUCCAGGUUUUCCGUGUUUAGAAAUUGGAACUGUGGACACUCUGAUUCACAGUCCCUUUCUAAGUGAAGAGAAAGGCUGGUUUUGCUGUUGUUGUUCUUCCACAAGCCCUGGUUUGGGGCCUCUGUUCACGCUGGCUCUGUGUCAGCCUGUUCAAUGCAAUGUUCUUGAGAGGUGGGGACCUAAUUGUUACCAAAGUAGCAGCCAAGAGAAGAAACGGCGUGUAUUUAGUCACUUAAAAGGAAAAUAUGACUUUUACCUGGUGUUGAAUGUGUCCUUUGUUUUUACUAACUAAAAAUGUUUUUGCUAUAAGGAAAUAUAAAUAUGAAAAGUUCACUGAAAUUCCUCCUUGAAGAUACUGGUAAGCCAGUUUGAGUCCAUUAAAAUUUUCGGUGUUGAAUUCAUAGCAAGCCGGUUGUUUAUCAGUGAGCAGAUCCUUCACACAGACACUGCAGUUAACUUGUGAGGUAGGGAAGGCUGUUCUCUUGUUGAAGGUAGGGAGCUGCACCCCUCACAGGUUAAGUAACUCGUCCAAGACAACUGUAGGACAAAUUUCAGGCCGUGAUGUAGUAAUGCCUUGUUUGGCCCAGGUGUAUUACUCAUCUAUUGCCAUGGAAAAAUUACCUUAAAACUCAGCAGCUUGAAACACAUUUAGUAACUCACAGUUUCUGUUGGUCAGGGGUCUGGGCACAGCUUACCUGGGGUCUGGGGCUCAGAGUCAGACGAGGCUAUGAUCGAGGGGUCAGCCAGGGCUGUGACCAUCUCAGGGCUUGACAGGCCUUCCAGGAUCACUCAGGUGGUUUUGGGCGGAAUUCAGUUCUUUGUGGGUUGUUGGGCUGAGGGCCUCAGUUCCUCACUGCCUGUUGGCCAGAGUCCUCCCUCGGUUCCCGGUCACGUGGGCCUCUGCUUAGGUCAGCUCAUAACAUGGCAGGUGGCUUCCAUCAGAGCAAGCAAGAUAGAAGGCGCAACUUAUGAUCACAGUGAUUUGUGCCAGCUACCUACACACACAGUGUUUUCUGUCUGUGCUUUGUUAACUUUGUGAUGCAGGCCUGUGCAGUGUAUUAGCCAGCCUUUGAGCAGAACAUUGUUCUGCCCCUACUGUUUUUGUUCUCAGUAAGUUCUGUGAUGGUAUUGACUUUAACAGAAUAAUAACAUUUUAGUAGCCCAAACUACUAGAAAGUAGCUCUUACAUAAAUAAAAGCUUCUCAUU